AUUUUCAAAGAAAAUUAUAUUAAUGUUAGUUUUUCAUUAGUCGUACGUAAAUAAUAAAUAAUAUUUUAUUCAAAAGGAUUACAACAAGAAAUACACAAAGAUGAAUGGAGGAAUGGAGCAUAAAACCCCAGGACACAAUGCAGUGCUUCAUAAAGCACCUAAAAAUUAUAAAUUGCUUAUGGAUCCAUUUCUUGUAAAGGGAGCAACAAAACUGUAUAGAUAUGAUGGAUGUGUACCUGGAGAUACUACUUAUCCGCCAGUUCAAUGCAGAGAUCCGAGAUCUCAGCUAUCAAGAAUGUGGAAUAGAUUAGAACCUGCUGACUUACCAGUGCCUAGGUUCAGAAUAGACAAAAAUUACGUGGGGAUUCCACCUCAGCUUGAAAUAACUAUAGGAAAUUUGAAUGAUAACAUUGAUAAAGCAUUUUUGGCAGAUAUGAUGAAUAAAGUGGGACCUUAUGAGGAGUUGACUAUAUUUUUUCACCCAAUCACCAACCGACAUUUGGGUUUUGCAAGAGUAGUAUUUCAAGAUGUGAAAUAUUCAAAACUGUGUAUAGAUAAAUAUAAUGGAAAAUCAGUAAUGGGCCAGGUGCUUGAUGUCUUUCAUGAUCCAUUUGGAAAAAGGUGUCAAGAAAUGUUUGAUAAUAAAACAAUGGAGAGAAAACAACACCAUACAAUUCCACCUGUUAAGCCACCGGUGUUGAUUGAGGAGGUGCGCCCGCAAAAAAUUGAUCCUACUCUCAGCAAGCGGUUAGAAGAGGUCAAAGUGUCUGAAAAGGAACCCCAUACCCGGUACAAGGACGUUGAGCACAGCGACAGCAACACCCGAUGGUCGGACGAUGAGAGAGAGUACCGACACAGACAUCGCAGCCGGGGCGAGCGAGACAGGGAGCGGGAGAAGGACAGAGACAGAGACAGAGAUAGAGAUCGAGAUCGAGACAGAGACAGGUAUCGGGAACGCUACGGUCGGGGGUCCAGCGAGACUAGCGACUCCACGUACGCGGCGUCGAGUCACGCCCCCGAGGUGCCGUAUACGCCCGCCAGCGCGGUCCCAUACGACUCCUAUUACCAACCCAGCAGUUACGCAUAUCGGUCGUACGGGUCGGGUACUCCAGCGGCGGGCGGCAGCGGCACCUGGUGGGGGGAAUGGCGGCACGGGCCUCCCCCCCACGUCCAUACUCAUUUGGAGCGACGGUCGAGCGCCACGCCUGCAUGGGCGGCUGCGACGCCCGCGCCUCGGGAACACUCGCCCGAAGCCAAGGAGCCCGUUGAGAAGGAAAAGGAUUUGCCAGUGGAGAGUAAACCAGUAGAAGCGGUAGAACCGCGCCCGCCUGAAGACAUCUCUGAUAGUAAGGAGGCCGAGGUCAAACCGCCGCCUCCCGCUGAGGAACCUAAGAACGUCGACCUUGAUACAAGGAUAGCGAUGUUACUGAAGGGUGCGAGUGGGGGCGGCGGUCUCGCGCCUCCGUUCUUAGGAUUGGGAAUAUCUUCUGAAGAAGAAGAUGAUGAGCGACUACCCGCCCAUAUACCCGACCUCGACGCCCCGCAACCGCCAUCCGACGAUGAAGGUUCGGGCAGCGAAGACAGAGGUAGUAUUAUUUCCGUGAAUCAGAAGAAAGAAGUGAAUCCGGAACCGCUAUCGAAGACUCCAUCGCCGUACCUUUCUCGAGAGUUCUAUUUGGAGUGCCUCAAAGUCACAGUCGAAUGGAAAUCGAAAAAAGAGGAACGCAAGAAGUUCCCCGCUAUGGACAAGAUCGGUUCAGAUAUUUCGUCGUCCGAAGACGAGUUACUAACUGGCGAUGAACCGAGAAGAUCGCCGCUAGCGCCACCAGACAAAGACCAGGAUAACCUUGACGAUGAUCAGAUGUCGCUGUCAUCGCUGUCGUCGACUGAGGCCAAGAUCGAGGAACAAGUUCCGGCGGAGGCUUACUACCACCCCCCGCCUGUCGCCCCUCCCCAGUACUACCAGCACGUGUGGCCGCCCACAGCGUACGGUGCGGCGCCGUACGGCACUCCAGCUCCUCUAGCGUACAGCGUAGGAUUAGCACCCCCACCAAUUCUACCGCACCACUACCAACCCUACCCUGAACCGAAGCUACCUGCGCAGGAACUGGACAACCCUCACUACCCAACUAUAAACAGGGUAAUAGAGCGAGUAACGAAUGAGCUCAAACAGAUCUUGAAGAAAGAUUUCAAUAAGAAAAUGAUCGAAAGUACCGCAUUCAAGAGCUUCGAGGUCUGGUGGGACGAACAGAGUCGCAAAGCGAGACUUCCCACUAAACCUAAGGAGGAAACGGGACAACAACCUUUGCAGGAUAUAUCCAACAAGAAAGAAGAGGCUGUGGACUCGAUAAAGUCCAUAAUGGAAUCUCGAGAGCUCGGCUUAGACUUGGGUGGUUACAGUAUGGGCAUUGGUCUCGGGUUGCGUGCAGCCAUCCCCAAAAUGCCUAGUUUUCGCAAACGCAAGAUUCCUUCGCCUGUUGUUAUAGACGAAGACUCUUCUAAGAGGCUCAGUGAUCAGGAGGAAAUGGUACAGAAUUCUGAUGAAGAGAAAGAGGUGCCCUCGUCGAGUCCUCGUACAAGAAAUACCGGAUCGUACCUAUCACGAGAGCGACGUCGUCAAUCUACUAGUUCUUCCAGGUCUUCUUCAUCAUCAUCAAGUCGGUCCUCGUCAUCGGAGUCCGGUUCCGAGAGAGAACCUAAAGGACCUGCGCCGAGGAUAUACUCCGAUACCGAUGACGACUCCGAACUGGAGGAGGCGGAGCUGAAGGUGGUUUCCAACAAGGAGAGACUACGGCGCGUUUACUCAUCAUCGGACAGCGAGGCGGAGCAGAGCCGGCGCGAAGUCACUCCCAUUCCGCCCGUGGAGGCGUCCGACGAUCGGCUGGGCUCGCCCGCGUCCCCCCCUCACGCCGACCUGCUGCUGGACCGCGUCUACUCCGACUCGGAGGAGGAGCGCGAGUACCAGGAGAGAAGACGGCGAAAUACGGAAUACAUGGAGCAGAUCGAAAGGGAAUUCUUGGAGGAGCAGCGGAAGAAAAUGGAAACGGACACGCGCCUGCAACCAGAAAAACCGCCCGACGAAAGCCCCCCAGAACCGAAAGUCAACGAGGUCCGAAGUCCAGUCAAGAAUCACGUCAAAUCUCCCGAGCGACGCGACAGCAAGCCUGAAAUGGAAGAAGGCGAGAUUAGCUCUGAGGAAGAACCGGCGCGCAGGAAGAAGGAGAGGACGAAAGAGGAGAAGAGACAGAGGGUGGUGUCGGUCAGCGAACACGAGAACAGCAAUAACGAGACCAGUGCUAGUGUUAAUGGAGUUAAAGAGGCGAGCGGCACUCAGUCGGAGACUUGGUCGCCGCAAUCGCAAGCAUCUCAAGCAUCGCAAGCGUCGCAAGUAGCGCUCGACCACUCGUACUGCCGUCCCCCGCCCGCGCCCGCGGAACGACGGCCCUCAAACCAUCUGCACCACGACCACGGAUACACAUGCAUGGCAGAGCCUGAAAGUGAACCAAACCAGAUCGAAGAAGAGAAACCCAAGAAAGAGGUCAAGAGGGUGAACAAGAGAAAACAUGGAGAGAAAAAACUUGCAGAAAUAACAAAUAACCACGAGGACUAUGAAUCGCUCGUAUACCCGAGCGUUACGUUCAAACAGCGAGACAUUAUGGCCGAAAUGCACGUCAUGUACGAAUUCCUUACUCGGGGCAUAGACAGGGAGGACGUAGAAUACUUGAGACGAACAUACGAAUCGUUAUUGGCUGAAGACGCGGCGCAAGGUUAUUGGUUGAACGAUACCCAUUGGGUGGAUCAUCCACCUACUGAUGUGUGCUAUAGCCCGCCUAGGAAGAAGUCGAAGCGGCAUAAUAAUAUAUACGAAGACUUGCAGGGUCACUCAAGUGGCUCGGCGAGAACAGAGGGCUACUACAAAAUGGACGCGCGUCUAAAGGCCAAAUACAAGUACCAUCACGGUAGAGCGGCCGCAGCAGCUAUAGCCGCUCCGCACGACGACAAGAAGGCGUCCAAGAUGCAGGGCCUGUCGAGGGAAGCGAGAUCCAACCAACGCCGUCUGCUGACCGCCUUCGGAACGGAUACGGAUUCAGAUUUGCUCAAGUUCAAUCAGCUGAAGUUCAGAAAGAAGCAAUUGAAGUUCGCCAAGUCUGGUAUCCACGACUGGGGUCUCUUCGCUCAGGAACCGAUAGCGGCUGACGAAAUGGUCAUAGAGUACGUGGGACAGAUGAUAAGGCCUAUAGUUGCGGACGUUAGAGAAGCUCACUACGAGGCGACGGGAAUAGGCAGCUCCUACCUGUUCCGGAUAGAUCUGGACACCAUCAUAGACGCCACCAAGUGCGGCAACUUGGCCAGAUUCAUCAACCACAGCUGCAACCCGAAUUGCUACGCGAAGAUAAUCACGAUAGAGUCUCAAAAGAAGAUAGUUAUAUACUCGAAACAGCAGAUUGGCGUCGACGAAGAGAUCACUUACGACUACAAGUUCCCUCUGGAAGACGAGAAAAUCCCGUGUCUGUGCGGCGCGCCUCAGUGCCGCGGCUUCCUUAACUGA